AUGGCUCUCCUCCAAAUUACUUCUCUCCCAUUUAGCUUUGCUAAAUUGCCUUUACCUCGCGAAACAAAGUCUUCAUAUCUAGAAAAGAGAAGCUUCAAUCUCCAUGGUGGAACUCAACCCAAGGCAUCAUUUAAAGUUUAUAAUACUAAUCAAACAAUUACUCGUCGAUCUGCAAAUUUUGAACCUUCAACUUGGAGUUAUGAUUAUAUCCAAUCAUUGAGUACUGAAUAUAAGGAAGAAGUUUACAAAAAUCAAGUAAGUGUGCUAAAGGAAAAGGUGAGGAUGAUGUUUUGCAAAGUAGAAAAUGAGCUUGAUCAACUUGAAUUUAUUGAUUUAUUGCAAAGACUUGGAGUGGAGUAUCAUUACCCGAAUGAAAUUAGAAAUGUCUUGGACAAUAUCUAUAAAACAGAAAACUCGAAUAAUGAAGAGAAGAAUUUAUAUGCCACAUCACUCAAGUUCAGACUCUUAAGACAACAUGGCUAUGAUAUAUCUUCAGAUAUUUUUAUUCGCUUUAAAGAUGAAAAUGGAAAUCUCAAGAAAAGCGAGCACGCUGAUGUGGAGGGAUUGCUAUCAUUGUAUGAAGCCUCAUUUCAUUCAUUCGAGGAUGAAAAUAUAUUGGAUGAAUUAAAAGAUUUUGCCUCCAAAUUUCUAAAAGAUUAUUUGAACGAGGGUAAAGGUGAUUAUACAUCAGAUCUAAUCAAUCAUGCUUUAGAUUUUCCAUUACAUUGGAGAGUUCCUAAGUUCGAGGCUCGGUGGUUCAUUAAUGUGUACCAAAAAAAGGAAAACAUGAUUCCUGAUUUACUUCAGUUCGCUAAAUUGGAUUUCAACAUUUCUCAAGCAAACUAUCGAGAAGAACUCAAGGAAUCAUCCAGGUGA